GAGGCGGUAGUGAAAGCAGCUCCGGUGAGUUCAGAGAGAACACGCGCACACCGCGGGGUUAACAUGAGGUUCGCGCACCUGACCGCGCGGGAAGCGUCUCUUCUCCGGGAGCGCAAGAGGUGACGCGCCCUGAGGGACUUGGUUUGUGUUUGUUACCGGAGAGCAUGGCGGAGCUGUGGAUCUACAACGCCACGUCCUCGUGGAACCGGUCUGCCGCGGGACAGGACCGCUUCAGCAGCCUGGACUACAUCGAUGUGCCGGAGGACGGAUCUCCGGCCCUGCGCAUCCUCAUCUCCAUCGUGUACUCGGUGGUGUGCGCUGCCGGGCUGGUCGGGAACCUGCUGGUGUUCUUCCUCAUGAAGGUGCGCCGCGGCCGGAAGAAACGCUCCAGCAUCAACCUGUUCGUCCUCAACCUGGCCAUCACGGACUUCCAGUUCGUGCUGACGCUGCCGUUCUGGGCGGUGGACACGGCCCUGGACUUCAGCUGGCCGUUUGGAAACGCCAUGUGCAAGAUCAUCCUCUCCGUGACGGUGAUGAACAUGUACGCCAGCGUGUUCUUCCUCACCGCCAUGAGCGUCACCCGGUACUGGUCAGUGGCCUCGGCGCUGAAGGACCGGACCCGGCGGCGGGUGUGCCCGGUGCGCUGGGUGAUCGCCGGGCUCUGGGUCUCUGCCACGGCGGCCUCUUUGCCCACCGCGGUUUUCUCCACGGUGAAGAGCGUGGCCGGGGAGCGGCUGUGCCUGCUGGGCUUCCCGGAUGGCCAGUCGUGGCUCGCGCUGUACCACCUCCAGAAGAUCCUGGUAGCCUUCGUGUUCCCCAUGCUGAUCGUCAGCGUGUGCUACCUGCUGCUGCUGCGCUUCGUCCGCCUGCGCAGCAUGAACAACAACCAGGUGAAGCGGAGGUCCCGCGUGACGCGCUCGGUCACCAUCGUCGUCCUCUCCUUCUUCAUCUGCUGGAUGCCCAACCACGCCAUCACCUUCUGGGGCGUGCUGGUGAAGUUCAACGUGGUCAACUGGGACCGGAUGUACUACAUGGUGCACACGUACGUGCACCCGGUGACCGUGUGCCUGGCGCACACCAACAGCUGCCUGAACCCGGUGCUGUACUGCCUCAUGCGCCGCGAGUUCCGCAAGAAGAUGAAGGAUCUGUUCUGGAGGAUGUCGUCGCCCGGCGGGACGAACAGCUGCCACCUGCGGCCGUUCUCCGGGACGGUGCGAGCGGAGCCGGACGACACGCAGAUCGUCAUCCCGCUGAACACCUUGGAGACGGAGAACUGCAGACUCUCCGUUCUGACGGACCAGUGCGACACGGACGCGCUGCAGAAGUGAAGCAGACUCUGAAAGAAAACGCAACACUGGUGUGUCUCUUUACGCACAUUAAAGUUGCUCUUUGUGCCACAAGUGUUGCUGGAGCUUUGUACCUCCUUUAACCAAACACUACAGGAUCCAUCUAGGAAUGUGCCAAAUCCAACGCCAGUACAAAACCAUUGAAGGCAUCACAGCUGGAGCAUUAAAUGUGAUUGUUGACUUUGCAUUAAAGGGAUUGUAUAGAUUUGCAUCACAGUUUAAAGGUGUGAAACAUAAAAUGAGAGAAAUAACACUCGUGCGUAAAUUGCGCAUCCGUGCGUAAAACCAUCCUGCUGCGUUUCCCGCUUCUUCUCCGACUGGGCUCUGUCACCACAGUGAUGCUGAUGUUCUUCUGGUUUUUGGAGGCAGAUUUUCUUUGUAUACUAUAAAUGGAGCGCGCGCUGCUUCGCUCUCUAAGGUGCUCUCCGUGCGGACUUCACUGGUUCAGCUGCUGCCUCGAGCUUCAUUCUGUGGAUUAUUAGUGACGUUUCUUCUGUGGCUGCUGUGUAAAAUGUUGGAGCUUGAGUAAGUGAAUGUAUUAAAAAAAAAUAGCCAAUGCAACCUUAAAAAAACAAUGUUUGGAGAAUAAAAUGUUGAACUGUGUUGACGUUGGUUCCAGGUUUGGUUUGAAGUGUUUCGAUGUGUUGGCUGUGAUGCGUUCAGGGGUUCAUGUGUUGACAAGCCAGCAGCCUCAGCUGGAAACCAAACAGGCUGACUUUCAUUCUUUAAAGAUGUUUCAUUGAAACAUUUGAAAGGUUGGAUUCUCAUGCACGCGUUGUGCACGCGUCACUGCUGAGCUCCUCCACUCUGAUUGGCUGUGGACAAACGUGUCCAGUUAUGCACCUUUGCAGACUUGAGGUGCAACUGUCAACCAAUCAGAGUCCAGAACUACAAAUAUUGAUAUUGAACCCUCUGCAAAAAAAAAGACGUUUCACUGAGUUUCAACAAUCUGAAAGCAUCAUAAAGUAAAUGUUUACUUUAAACUAGAAAGUGACAAUUAUGUGUAUUGUCUUGAUUCAUCGUUUGGUACCAGAUGUGAUACAAAUAGUGAUUUGUGUUUGUUUUCUUUUCCUAAAACCUAAAAUGAAGUUUUCAAAAAGAAAUAAGAAAAGAUUUUAAGAAGCUAAAAAUUACUUUAUUUAGUAAUCAAUUGAGUUUCAAAAUAAAUAAUUUCAGCUUUAUGUUAUGAUCCUAUUUUGUUUAUUAAUACAAAUGUUUUUAUUUAUUUCUUAUUGAAUCGCUUUGAGAUUUGAAAUCUAUUUUCUGACGUCUCCUCAUACGGUUCGAUAUUUGAUCAAAAGUUAAUCCUCAUUUUUCGUGCUUUUUCCUACAAAAUUCCAGUAACACGAGUCAAAAUUACGCUUGUUACAUGAAAAGUAUUUUCAAAAUAAACCUCCAUUAGUUUUAAGAAAAGAUGUCGUUUGAGUUCAAAUACAAAAUGAUUUCACGGGAUAUCUACGAACUACGUUAUGUUUCUUCGGAAAAGUUACGAAUGCUGGAUGAAAAGUUUCUGAAGGAGUUUUAUUUUGUUACCUCUAUUCCUACAUUUGUAUUUAUCUAAACAGCACAAAAUAGUUUCCGUUCAUUUCUGUGAAGUUAUUAGAGGCUGGUCACGAUGUUUGUAGGUAUUUCUCAUGUUCUGCAGAUCUGAUGAAGGAAGCGCAGAUAAAACAUCUGUGAUGAUGUUUCUUCUGAACGUCGGCUCGUUCUGUCACUUUAAGCAGAAACGUGUCGAUCUGCCAUCAGCCAAUCAGGCGACAGAGCCAGAAACAGACCCGCCCUCACGCUCACAGCAGAAACACUGUUAACUGAACUACACUAUAAAUAAUUAUUAAAUGUCUUCUUCUGGAGAAACUAAAUGUCCUGAUUUAACUUUCUGAACCAAUUAAAAGACAAUUUGUAAACUUGAAGCUUGAUGUUAGAAAUGCAAAAUAAAAAUGCUGCUUUCCUCCUGAUGUGCUGAAAUAAA